AUGCAUGAAAGUGGGGAGCUACACCCAGCGCAGGUGCUCAAGAGCGGUCAUGACGUCGGUGCCAGCCACUACGCGGGGGGCGUUCCACCUCACAAGCGCAUGAGGAAGCCCAUUGUACGCAAGAGCGUGGAUCCGAACGCCACGUUUGUGAAUUACGUGACGCAGCGCCGCUUUGUACAGGCGAAGAGCGUGCGCUCGCACGCGUUGCCGCCGCAUUCGUUCUACAAGAAGCAACUGAUGCCUCCCUUGGCGUUCCCUGGAGACGAUGAUCUGGCGUCCUGUGUGUGCACCAAGUUCUGUCGCUGCUCGACGAACAAGCAGCGCUGCCCCGUCAAUUGCCUCACGUGGACGCCCGAAGGCCGCCGCCUCAUUACAGGCAACUCGGUAGGCGAGUUUACGCUCUGGAACGGGUUGGCGUUCAACUUCGAGACGAUCUUGCAAGCUCACGACGAUGCUGUGCGUGCAAUGGUGUGGUCACACAACGACAAUUGGCUCGUUACGGCUGAUCACGGCGGGGUGAUCAAGUACUGGCAGUCGAGUAUGACGAAUGUGCAGCUGCUUCAAGGACAUCGAGAAGCUGUGCGAUCCCUUAGCUUCUCGCCAACGGAUUUCAAGUUUGUAUCGUGCUCGGAUGACGCGACAGUCAAGAUCUGGGACUUCGAGAGCGGUCGGGAAGAACGCGUGCUGACAGGACACGGGUGGGAUGUCAAGUGUGUCGCGUACCACCCGCAAAAGUGUUUACUGGCUAGUGGAAGUAAGGAUAAUCUGGUGAAGAUCUGGGAUCCCAAGUCGGGAAACAGUCUCAACACGUUGCAUGGACACAAGAAUACGGUGUUCAAGGUCGCCUGGAAUUCUAAUGGGAAUUGGCUCCUUACGGCUAGUCGUGACCAGCUCAUCAAGAUUUAUGACAUUCGGAUGCUUAAGGAGUUUGCGACAUUGAAGGGCCAUGCACGUGAAGUUACGUCGAUUGCGUGGCACCCGUGGUAUGAGCGUCUCUUUGUUAGCGGCUCAUACGACGGAUCACUCAUGUACUGGGAAGUCGGAAAGGACCAUGCGCUGGCCUCUAUUCCCCAGGCCCACGAUACGGCUGUUUGGGAUAUUCAGUGGCACCCUGUCGGACACGUCGUCGCGACUGGAAGCAACGACCACAGCACGAAAUUCUGGUGCCGCAAUCGACCCGGUGAUCCAAUGGACGACAAGUACAAUGGCGGUCAAAACGUAUUGAACGAACACGAUACCGGCGAAGGAAUGAUGCAUAUGCGUGGAGGCGUAGACAACGCGGAAGUGCUGCCAGGUAUGGCGGAUGGCGCUAGUAUCCUGCGCUCAAGCGCGAUCAACGCCGCCAACUUCCAGACCUUCAACAAGACCGCGACAGAUAGCCGUGCAAAUGGCAGUCGUCGCCCGCCUCCCGAAUCGUACACGUGCAAUCGCUGUGGAACCAAAGGCCAUUGGAUCGAGGACUGCCCUACGAAGGACCAGCAGAAUUCGAACGGCCAGAUGCAACGCAGGCUUCCGCCGGAAGGAUACUUGUGCAAGCGUUGUAGCAUUCCAGGACACUACAUCUCGGACUGCACGGAGCCAAAGGUGCCGCCUCCGUCGUAUACCUGCCACAAAUGCCGUCAGAAAGGUCACUGGAAGCAGGACUGUCCGAUGGACGGCAACGGUGCUAUCAAUGCGCUCCUCAGCCAGAUUCGUCCGCAAGGGGCACCAGUCGGUGCCAGCGUCUCAAUGGGUUCAAGCGGAACAGGUCCGGUUCCGCCCCUCCCGCCAUCCACUCGAGGUUUCCCUCCGCGAAGCAUGAUGCCCCCUCCCCCACCUGCUGUAGGACUGAUGGUUCCUCCACCUCCACCGCCGCAUAUUCUUGCUGGGAUGAAGCGCGCUCGAGAAGAUGAUGGGAAUGGGGGCACUACCACGUCCUCUCUGUCUGCAAGCGCGUGGCCGCCAACCUCAGGAAGUGAAGCAGGGCCUUUAAGUCUCCCACCAGGACCUUCUGAUGGCUCCAUGCCGUCGCCGGGACUGCUGCAAGGCCAGUCGGACCUCAAGCGACAGAGCCGUGACCCGAGACGGAGGUAA